CGCCGAUCGACUUCACAAACAUACCCUUUGCCUAUGAACCGUUUCGCUCCUCAGCUUGCCUGCCGCUCUCUAGCGCGUCGGAGAAAUCUUGAAUUCACACGUAUCAAGAGCAACAUCCUUGCCGCCCGUCCCCCAUGCAUCUUCCUCCACCGUGCUUCUCUCUCCACGUCGCAUCCUCCGCCCGAACCCAAACCGAGCUCCCCACUGAGCGUCAAGGAGAACAUAUACACUAUCCCCAAUCUCCUCACCGCGUCGCGUCUCGUCGCAUGUCCCAUCCUCGGCUGGGCCGUCGUCCGCGGGCACUUCCCGCUCGCGACGUCCAUCCUCGUCUACGCCGGCCUGACCGACCUCGCUGACGGGUAUCUCGCGCGCCGCUUCAAAAGCCAGACGGUCCUCGGCACCAUUCUCGAUCCCGCGGCGGACAAGGCGCUGGUCACGACGUUGGCGGUGACGCUGACUGUCAAGGGCAUGUUACCGCUUCCGCUCGCGGUCAUCAUCUUAGGUCGGGAUGUUUUGCUCAGCUUGUCUGCGUUUUGGAUCCGGUAUACAUCCCUGCCUCCUCCCAGGACGUUUGCGCGGUAUUGGGACUUUUCACUACCGUCUGUCGAGGUUCGCCCCACAUACAUCAGUAAAGUCAACACAGCUUUGCAGCUGCUGCUCAUGGGUGUGACCACAGUCAGCCCCUUGGUACCGAUGGACAUCAGCGUGCCGCUUCAGGGACUCCAGUCUACUGAUUGUGGCCACCACCACAAUUUGGAGCGGGCUCUCCUACGUCUUUUCGAAAAACGCGUUCCGUCUCAUCGCACGAAAACCGUAAUCUCCAACAGAAAAUUAUCGCUAGUACAAUAACCCAAAUAAUAUGUAACACAUAUGGUACAGUAU